GACCUUUUUCGCAUGGCAGUUGUCCCCCCCCUGUACGGUGCGUGCGAGUUCGUACGGCUCGCGGUCCAGCGAUGAGGACGAUGAUCUCGGUGUCGGAGUCACCGGCGCCCGAGGGUCCGUCUUCUCCCUCGAGCCCUUCCCCAUCGGAAUCGACCAUGGUGGAUACGAACACGAACACGAACCAAAACAGCGCAAUUUCGAGCGCAAGCGCAAAGCCGAGCCACGCAAACACCGGCAGCACCCACGCGGGCAGCAUUUCAAACACCGGCGCCAAUGCAAGCAUCAACACGAGCGUCAACACGAGCGUCGACACCAGCACGAGCGGGAGCGCGACCGACGCCUCCGGGUUCUCCGAUGCCUACCAAACCCCGGCCCGGGCGCAAACGCAGAGGCAAACACAACGACAAACACAACGACAAAGACAAACCCCCAGGAGCCACUACCAUUCCGCCUGCCAGACCAUAGCCACCGACGAGGCCAUCGAAGCGGUGCCGAUCCAGCGGAAGCACCCCAAGCGGCUCUCGCGGUCGUCUCGCCUUGGCAAGGAAGGCGGCGGAUCCAGCGGGAACCCCCCCUCGAGGCAACAGCAACAGCGACAGCCCCGGCCCUCGGCCAAGACCCGUUCCCACCUGCACCGGCCCAGGGCGGUGGUGCAGGCAAUGCCGCCCACGCUUCAGGGAAGGCAAGCGAGGCAGUCGCAGGCACCCUCGCAGGCACCCUCGCAGGCCGCAAAACUGCAGACCCCGCAGCGGUCGCGGUCCCUGGUGGACGACAUGGAACCGCCGACGCCCUUCGAGGCGGGGAGGAGGGCCGCUUCCGGGGAUGCUCGUGCCUCCUUCGACCCAAACGAAAAGAAUGGUCCCACGAAAGGAGAGCCUUCGGGGGCGUCCUCCCCCGGGACCGUCGCCUCCUCCCUCUCGCAGGCCUCGUCGAAACUGGAGCGGCUCCGGCAGCGCCGGCGACAGCUGCAACAAGAAUUCGAAUUCCGGGAGCCGCCGUCUCCCUGCGUAUCGCUGCCGCCCGGGCUUCCCAGCGAAGGCGUGUGCGCGAGCCAAAGCAACGGCAUCGAAAACAGCGCGAACGGCAACCACAGCCACAACCACAUCCACAACCACAACCACAUCGUCGACACAGACACACCAACAAUCCCCGAGUCCAACAAUUCUCCCGGAGGAACACCGAGGAGCCCGCGUUCUUCCCCACCACCAAAGCAACCAAAGCAACCAACCAACAAAAGCCACGCUUGCAGCGAGACGAACCAAAUCCGGGAGAGCAAAGCCGGCGAAGACACCAAACCAGCCGAGACCAACAACAGCGACGACGGUGACGACGGCUUUGUCGAUCUCAGCGGCUUCUUUCUUCUCUUGCAGCGACGGGAAUGGACGGGGGCCUCGGAAUUCCUAAGGGAACACCCCACGGCGUCCGAGCAAACCAUCCUCUGCAAGAACGGCACCACGUCCCUCCUGCACAUUUUGCUGCGGCACGGUCCACCCCUGCCCGUGGUCGAGCAGCUCCUCGGACAGUACGAAGCCCACCAUCAUCGAUCGUCGCCCCCUUCCGAGAACGAACGCGGGGACCCUUCCUCCGAAACCACCAAAGCACCGCUGCCGGUCUGGAAGACCACCGACACCAGCGGCCGGCUCCCCCUCCACGCCGCCUGCUCCUGCGGACCCGAUGCCAACGCGGACGUCGUCCUCAGGGUCAUCCAGGCCGACCCGGACGCCCUGUUCGUCGCCACCUCCAACAGGGACAAGCGGCUCCCCCUGCACCUGGCCGUCGUCACCAACGCGUCGGAAAAGGUCGUCCGGGAGCUCCUGGUCCGCCACCCGGGGGCCUCCUUCGUCCAAGACGCCCACGGGAAGAUCCCUCUGGAGUACGCCCAGCUGGCCUGCUACGGGCACAACCGCCUGGUCGUGGCACUCGAGGCGGCCCCGAUGCUCCUGGCGGCCUCCCACGCGGGGGCCGAAAGGGUCCGAUCGGAAUGCGCCGCAACCGUGGCCUCGCUCAGGGAGGCCCACGUUUCCUCCGAGCGCAAGCUGGAAGAGCGGUGCGAGGCCCUCGAGCUGGAGAAGCUGGGGGAACGCCUGGAGGCGAGCGACGCGCUGGCGGACGAAAAGGAGCGGAACAUUUCCCUGCUGGAGGAACUGGUGGAGGCCAGGGGGGCCUCCAAUGCCCUCGAGAAGGAGAGGGAGAAGCUCUCCCGGGCCCUCGAACGGGAGCGCCUGGUGAGGCGGACCCGGAUGCAGCUGAGAGACGACGAGCUCAAGCGGAUAUUGUUCCGUGGGGGCCGAAGCGGCGGCGGCGAACACGUCGACGCCGACGCCGACGGAACCGCGGAACAAGCAGCGACGGCGACAGCGACAGCGACAGCGACAACCAGCGAACGGGCCGGAGGAACGAAGGACGCGUCCGGACGCGGGAGCGGAACAUUCCGGGAGGAGGAACAGAGUGAUUGUGGCGACGACGACGACGAAGUUUCCAUCUAUGGUGGCACCGCCGACGGCUCGCCAUCCAAGACACCCCUGCCGUUGCUGCUGGAACGCAUCUCCAGGGGAUACGAGACCAGCAAGCGCAUGAACCGAUCCUACCGGGAACAAAUGGAACGCCAGAGAGAAACCGUCCGCAACCUCAACCUCUUGUUGCUGUCGAAGGAAGAGGAACUCGUCCGGCUCCGCAAGACCUCGGGUGCCGACAAGGCCGCCCUGGCGGUGGCCAACGACAAGAUCGACCAGCUGGCGGUCCUGCAUCGGUCCGCCCUGGCCAAGCUCGCAAGGGUCAAGGACGAGGCCGACUCGUGGAAGAGGAGAGAAACAGAAGCCAAUCGGAAGCUCUCCUUCUCGGAGCGGAGGCGGAAGCUCCAGGAAAAGCGCCUCGAGGGGGUCCAGGCACUGAUCGCCUCGCUGGGAUCGCUCAACGACUUUGGCAACGAAACCGACAGCGAAGACGACGAAAACGAAAACGAAAACGGCGCAAGCGUUCGCGUUCGCGGCGAAACCAACGAUGGCGGCGAGCCCACCACCGCCGGGGAGACAAAACGCGCGUGCCCUGGUUCGACGAGGACCACAAACGAAGAAGGGCUUGCAACGGAGCGCACGACUGCAGAACGGACCGCCGGUGGGUUCCGGGAUGGCAAAUGCAGCAGCAGCAGCACCCCCAUGGGGCCCAGAAAGGCGGAUCCGUCGGAGGAACCGGCGGUGGAGGCCGCGAUUGCCAACGAACGCCACGGGUCCGGUGCCGAUGCAAUUAUUAUGGUGUCUUGCGACAAAAGGAUCGGCUCUGUUACCGGGAGAGGUACAACUCCAACAACUCCACAAAGCGCCACCGUUGCCACCACGGCUUUGUUCGGGGAGGCCAACUCCACAGAGGGGUCAUCGCCGCGGGUUUUGCCAUCAAUAGAUGGCGACGGCGAGGACACACCAUCGUCGCCAACCGUACCAAAAGCAUCGAACCGAACCGUUUCCAUGGGAACCCCCAUGACCGUCUCUAUCCGGACAGUGACGACGGCGGCCGCCGGUAGCGGUGGGGAUUGCACCGUCGAGGCGAGCGUGCCACACACACCACCGUUACCGGAGCAUGUUGGGGGCUAUCAUUCCAAGGGCGGCCGAGAAGACGAGGGAUGUUCUCCGCUCGCAACACCAAAGCUCGAGUCUCGAUGAAGUGGGGGUUCGGUUCGAUGCUUUUCGCGCCGUUCGGUGAACUGUUAUGGGGAAAGAACACCGCGGCGUCGAUAUGAUACGAUAGAAGUUCGUGGUGAACAAUUUAAAUUAUCAGUUUUAGAUCCAGAAAUCAUUGUGU